GGGGACGGCUGAGCUUGUAUAGGGGACAUGCUACCGCAGAUGCGCGAGUGGAGGACCACCGAGGAUGCAUACUUUGCUGUGGCCUCCUAAGCCAGCAAAAUGCAAGAGUUCUCGGUGCACUAAGCCCUGGGCUGGGGGGUCUACACUUGCACUCCGAUGGGGCGUCAUUACUAAAAAUCCGGAGUACUUGAACUUUCUCAUCGGGCACAUUGGAUUUCCUGUAGAGUGCAUCUUACCCAGAAUGUUCUACAAAUCCGGCCCCAACAUCCGACUCUCGGCACCCGGGAAACAUGGUGGGCUCUGCUUUCUGUGUCCUUGCAGAAACUCGGUUCCUCAUUUCACUUUACUUAUUAGCCUGGCGUGUGUGCAGGUUGCUAAAUAUAGAGGGCUGGACCAUGAGACUUUCUCAAAACGUUUCCCAAAGGGCUCCUGUAGGUAGUGAGAAGUCUUGAACCCCCAUCUCUCCCCGUCCCUGAUUUGCCCCCCAAAUCAGGUCGCAUAAUCCGGUACCAUCCCGUCCUCAGACCACUCUGCUCAACAGGGGCGUGGUAAACCGAACUUUCAAUUAGAGACCCGAUUGUGCACAAACCCAAGCUCCCGCCUUGCCCCACACAGCCCUUAUUUUUUGGCCACGCCCCAGACACUUGCGUGUCGAAGCAAGUCCCACCCACCUCAGUUGGCGGAAAGGGAAAGCCAAUAGCAAUCGUCUAAAGGGGAUCACGUACGCGUCGAACUUGCGCCAAACCUUUGAACUGGUACGAGGCGCCAAAAGAGGCCAGCUCUGGUCUCGAUCACCACAGGGUGGGCGGAGGCGGUGGCCGUCCACCCCACCACAGCCAUGGAGCCUCUGCCCAGCGGCGACUACUGUGACCUGGGUGCAUACUGUGACCCCGACUACUACUGGCUGGGGAUGCAAGAAGUGGAAGUCAGAUCUGAACCUGUGCAGGACGCGGCCCCAGACGCCAAAGAAGACGGCCACAUUGAUGACGGCAGUCUAGUCCCCGUGGGCAACAAUAACCCCCAGGGCGGUGUCAGCUAUGCCAACUCUGGAGGCGACAUCAACCGUGAAGGCGUGGCGAACCGUGACGGCGAAGGGAACCACGAGGCCAGCGGUGUCGUCCAGGCGCUGGGGCAGCAGCACGCUGAAGGGCCACCCCAAGUGGCAGCCGCUGGGGCUCGUCAGCCCCACGGCAGGCAGCAGGGAGCCCCGCGCUCUAAGUUCACGGCAUUUCAGGUGCGGGAGCUGGAAAGCGUUUUCCAGCGCACUCAAUACCCUGACGUGGCCACAAGAAGAGAACUUGCAAGCUGCAUGAAUGUGACCGAAACCAGAGUGCAGGUUUGGUUUAAGAACAGGAGAGCCAAGCUCAGGAGAGAUGAGAGGGCAUCAAUGCCCACAACUACUCCACCUACUAACCUGGAACACCUGGUCAUCCUAAUGCUGGACGGGCCCUAGAAUGUCGCUCUCGUUCAGAAGCCAGAUUGGAGAUGGGUUCUUCCGGUGCCACUGACACCCGGGCCGCCUUGUUGCCCCUGCCACCCUUUUCUCCUCCGCAGUUGUGUUAUCAAUAAAGAGAAAAUUUUUCUGUG